AUGGCAGGUUCGACGUGGGAAGAUGUUCGAAAGCAAGCUCGAGUACUAGAAAAUGACAUAGAUGUGAAAUUAGUAGCUUUCAGCAAGCUAGGAGUCAGUACAGGAACUUCUGGACUCAAUUCUGAGAGUGCACCAUUGAUUAACAGUGAGGAUAUGUUUGAUACAAUGUCUAUGGAGCUACAGCAGCUCUUGAAUAAGUUAUCUUCUAUUAAUGACAAAAUGGCAGAUCUAGCUCCAAGUGGAACAGCCACAUUGCAUACUAUUAAGAGGCAUAGAGAAAUACUUAUGGACUAUCAGCAAGAAUUCCAAAAGACAUCUGCCCGAGUGCUCGCCAGACGUGAGCGUGAGGAGUUAUUACGAGGUGUUAGUCCCCCACCCUCUGCCUCAGCGGGGUUGAGUCGACGUGAUCAGUAUACAAAGGAAGCUAACCAUUUGCAUAGCUCCCACAUAUUGGUAGACGAACAAAUAAACAUAGCGAUGGAUGCGCGAGAGCAUCUCACGUCUCAGCGACAGGUGUUCAAACGGAUGCAGACCAGAUUUAAUGACAUUACUAAUAGAUUCCCAAUGCUGAACAGCCUCAUCUACAGGAUAAACGCUCGCAAACGACGCGAUUCACUCAUUAUUGGUUUAGUCGUCGCUAUAUGCACUUUCCUACUUCUUAUGUAUGCAUUCCAU